AUGUUGGGGCAGCAGGCCCAGAAUCAAGCUGCCGCCUUCAUCGCCGUUGUUGCAAUCGCCUCUACUGCUACUGCCAAUGUUGUUGCUACUGCCGCACCUGCUGAGGUUCCAUCAAGGAACGUGGGCAUUGGAAUACUGAUUCAUAAGCUGGUGGAACAAUUUUUUAAAUUAAAUCCACCGAAGUUUACUGGAGUAGGAGACCCCGAAGCUAUUGCUCUGUGGAUCCAAGGAUUGGAGAAGACCUUUGCACUUUUGAUGUGCACUGAGACUAAGAAAGUGGUCCUUGCAACCUACCAGCUGGAGGAAGUCACAAGUACUUGGUGGAGAACCACCCAAAGAGUGAUAUUUCUUGAAGGUGUAGCCCCGGAGUGGAACGCCUUCGUUGAGGUCUUCAACGGUAAAUACUUUUCGGAGACUGUCAGAGAAAUGAAGAUGGCAGAGUUCCAGCGCCUUCGCCAAGGCUUGAUGACCGUGGAUCAAUAUGAGGCGAAGUUCGCUGAACUAUCGUAG